AGAUAUUUAAAUUAGAAUUUUUAGCUUUCUCUUACAUUUUUCAUUCAGUGAAAUGCCUCCACAGCAACUGGAUUCACCUGACGUGGCUAUGUAACGGUGUUCAGCUUCUCUGUGCUGAUUUGGGGGCAAAAGCAUGGCUUGGUUCAGCGGAAACAUGAGUAACAUCACACUGGAGAGCGCGCUGUCCGGCGAUGAGCCUCGAGACGAGCGCUUGGCUCAGGUGGAAAUAGCUCUUCUGUCCAUCAUCUUCGUCACGGCAGGGAUCCUAAACUUUGGGCUGUUGUUGGUGCUGUGGAAGCGCAGGAAGCAGCUCUCCAGGAUGCGCGUCUUCGUGUUCCACCUGUGCGUCGCCGAUCUGGUGGUGACAUUCUUCCAAGUUUGCCCCCAACUCAUGUGGGACAUCACUGACCGAUUCAUAGGUCCAGAUAUAUUGUGUCGUGUGGUGAAGUACCUGCAGGUGGUCGGGAUGUUUGCCUCCACUUACAUGAUCGUGGUGAUGACUGUAGACCGAUAUCAAGCCAUCUGCAAGCCCAUGGUAACUUUCCAGAGGCGCAGGGCGCGUUGGAACGGUCCGGUGUGCGCAGCCUGGUGCGUCUCCCUCAUCGGCGGCCUCCCACAGAUCUUCAUCUUCUCCCGAGUGGAGGUGGCUCCCGGAGUGUACGACUGCUGGGCCGAGUUCAUCAAGCCGUGGGGACCGAGAGCCUACGUGACCUGGACGACUUUGGUCAUAUUCAUCCUGCCGAUUCUCACCGUGAUCGUGUGCCAGGUGCGCAUCUGCCGCACCGUGCACAUCAACUUCCACAUGAAGACGCACCACGGCGAAGAGGCGACCAGAAAGGCGCUGUCCUCCAGGGCCAGCAGCGUGGCGGGGGUGUCCAAGGCGAGGGUGAAGACGGUGAAGAUGACCGUGGUGAUCGUGCUCGCCUACAUCAUCUGCUGGGCGCCUUUCUUCACCGUGCAGCUCUGGUCCGUCUGGGACGUCGAGGCGCCCACUCAGACUGCAACCUUCACCAUCCUGAUGCUGCUGGCCAGUCUGAAUAGCUGUGCCAACCCCUGCAUCUACCUGCUGUUCUGCGGGAAGCUGCCCAAAAGACUGGUGACCCUGAUGUGCAGGGGUCAGCCCGACUCGAAGGAGUCCAUACAGGAGGAGGCCACCAUGGUCAGUUCUCUGUACAUCAGCCUCAAGAACCUGUCAGACUUCAGAUAAAAGUCUUUGUGACACAGACAAUUUUUUUUUCUCGGCUCAGACUUUUAUCUAUUGAACAUAGAGUGAAAAAGACUUACUGAAAUCCUCUAGUAAGUGCGAAGACAAAUAUCUAUAGCACAGAAGUGUUCAUACUGUACAUAUGAUCAAUGUAUAAAAUGCUCUUGUCUAUAUAGAAACGACAAAUUCUCUUUUGUAACAGCUGCACUUAUAUGGAUGUUGUACUAACAUAGUAACUCAAAGUCACAGCUACAUAACACACAUUUUUUAAAAUGUAAGAAUAGAAUUUCUAAACCAAUGUCAUCACUUCAAUCCGGAAAGUAAUAUCACAACAAAUGGUAAACUGUAAGAAUUUCUGUGAAAUGUACAGGUCUAAACAGUCGUGGUACCCACAGAGAGCAUCCUGGUGACUUGACUUUGCUUGUAGCACAACUAUAAGGUUGACAUUUGUGGUUUUGAGUGAAAAGUCUCAACAAGUAGACUAUCAGUAACAUGAAACUUGGCUCAGAAAUAUAUGAUCUGCAGUUAUAAGACUAAAGUGAGCCAUUUAGCGCCAUCUUUAGAUAAAAGUUGUAAUUUGUUGGAGACUUUGGUUGUUGAGCUUUUGUGUGAUUUCUCCAUUAUGGUAAGUGUUCACCACAUGCAUCAUUUCACUGAUUCAUGUCAUUCCAUACGUAAAACCUUGAUUAUACUCCAGUGUGAAUGUGCAUGUGGAUACUCACAGACUCACAGCUGAUGCUAUUAUACUACUAUUGUACUCUGUGAUGUAUGUGCACAUAUAAAUGACGGCCUAGCAUGCACCCUAUUGCCUUUUGAGUGUAACUGUCAUAAUGACACUAAUUUUCUGAACUAUCUGGGAGCCUACGAGACAACUGUUUAUUCAGUCAGGUGCAGUCAGUGGUAGGAACGUGUAGCCUGUAAUGGUUUCCUGUUAUAGAACUAAUGAUGAUCUAUUGUGACACUGCCUCAAGCAUCCAGUCCUGGGAAGUGGUGCUACCCAUUGCGUCCAAAAUUGCCCCUGUGGACAUGUACCAUUGUUGUAUGUUAAGGCCUAUGGAUAAAUGUAUGCACUGUGUUGGAAUUUCGAAUUUGAACCAAGCUUUACUAGUUUUUGGGGCACAACCAGUCAGUACUGACCCACAGACUUAGUUGGAAGUAGCCAGUUUGACAUUGGUUUGUGGACCACUGCUUCAAAUCUGGCAUUUGGCCAUCAAUGUCGUGGUCUUUUGAAUUUUGAUGCAAAAAGCGAGUGCUGGUUCAGACUGGAGAACACACUGACACUACACAAGAUGACUGAUGAUCAGCCCGUUGAUCCAUUAUCAUUUUUUUUAUUACAAAAUGAACAUCAUGCUUUUUUGAAAGAAAUUGGAAACUACUGAUUGAGACCAUGAAGUCAUUAGGAAAAUGUUUACUAUGAUAACAAAUCAAGUGAGACAAAAGGCCAUUUUAUUAUUGACCUCUACAAUCAAACUUGUUUUUUUUUGCAGCCAGAUGAGUUGCCCCCUGCUGGCUGUUAGAAAGAAUGCAGCUUUAAAGCACAUCUGCUUUGGGUUUCCGUUUCAGCUAUGUGUUAACCACUAACGUGCUAUGUAUUAAUAAAUAAAUAAAUGAAACAUGGUAAAGAGCGUGCAGAUGUUGCUACCGGGUCUGUUGCAACGCCCCUGUUUGAGUCUCUGGAUGAGUGAUCUAGAAACAUCAGCGUUGUGAUUAAGGUGGCUCUAUUUCUUAAAGCGCCACUCGGAAUUCCAGAGUGGCAAAUACUAUAUAGAAAAAGGCAGAGAGCUGUGAGCACAAAAUGGAUCAAGUUCCUUAGUGAGAAAGACAUAGAGAUUCACACGAAUGUGGUGCAUGUCCUGAAAUGGACAGACCAUGUAAGGAAGCAGAAAAUGGCCAUACUCAAAUUUUUUAUUUUUUAUGGUGGUUUGAUGUUGUUAUCUCAAGGUUAUGAGUUAUUAUUCUGUUACGUCGAAAAAAAAAAAGUAAACAGACUGAUUCCUACGAUAAUUAAGGUGAACUAAAAAAUUUGGUUCAUUUGAUCAGACCUCCUUUAGCCUUGAAGGUCUCUGUCAUCACUGCUAACAAUCUCAGCCGGAUCACUGAAGUGCAACCACCUGUGAAGCUGCAGCCAGACGUCUUCUGUUUAAAUAAUGAGGCCUGAUCUGAACAUUAUCUCUCGCAGACUGACAUAAUACAAAGUCUGCCUGUUCGACCAUCACUGAAAUUCAGUCUGAUGCAUUGAUCAAUAAUGGCUACUCUGACAUUUUCAGCUUUAAUCAGUUGCUGCCUCUUUGAAGACAUACAGUGUGCAAAUAGAACAGCUUUUUUUUUUUUUUACAUCUUUGUGCUCAGAAACUAUAGACACAUUUAGCACAUUUGAUGUAGCUUUUAGUAAUAAUAAGAAUGAAAAUCCAGAGGAAAAAUAGCCACUUUUGUGCAUCUUCCAGCAUCUCUGAGGUAUGCAGAACAGCAGUGACAGAGAGAUGCUUCUUAUUUCAGUAAUAACAGAAGUGCACUUUAGUGCUGAAAGAGAAAGAGCAAGAGACCACUUUACUAGUGUGACCUUCUGUGUGGAAGAAAAACACCUUGAUGAUUCUGAGGGCUGUGGUUCUUUCAUUAGUUUCUACUUUUCUAGCCAAGUUGCUCAGAACACAUUUACACCCGUUGAUCCAUAGUUCGCACCUGCUGGCACGGCAUUCCAGAUUUCUGUUAAAUAAAAUAGGAAACAGCUUUUGUUGUCUUUUGAACACAAAUUAAUGAACUCUGCAUCACAAGGAAAUUAGCUUUGUUUUCUUGAGAUAACAGGAUAAACUAUUGUCUCAUUUUCAGUGUAGUUCUAGUGUGUAAAUCUUGUGUUUCAC